GGCAGGAGGAUUUUUAGUGCUGAUGAUGUGAUAGGAGGAGUUUGUGGCUAGGCUAUGACUGGGCGAAAGCCAGUGUGGAUGCCCUGGCAUUGCAUUGGAUAAGUUCUUAUCCAUUUUAAUUCCUACACAUCAGCCACACUAUCCCACAAAGGAAAUCACAAGAAGAAUAGAGGCUUUCAAUCCAUAAUUUACAUCUUGAGAAUGAUUAUAUAUUAGUAUUACCAUAUUUGAAUAUAAAUUAGAAUGCUGAUGUGAAAUUAUGCAGAGGGACUUUUGUUGGUAUAAAAUUUGUGGUGGAAUCAUACUGAGUAACAACUGUACUUGGAAAUGCCGGAAGACAGGUCAAGACCCGAGCAGACCUGCGUUGCGGCUGCCUUCCUCAGCGAGAGGUGGUAGCAACUCCAGCAGCAACCGAUACAGUCCUUACAGCAGCUCGAGUAGCAUUUUCAACAGAAUUGGUUCAUACUAUCCCGAUCCACAAGAAACAGCAGAUCCUGCUCCCUCUCACAGCACAACCUCAUCUUCCACCUCUCUUUACGACAAGAAGGAGGUGGUUCAAAGAUGAACAGAUAAUUUUGAUCCAAGAUUUGGAAAGGAAAGAGACGAAGUUCAUGAGACUAGGAAGGAACAAGAUUGUAGAUGAUAAAUUUGCCAAAAACGAUCCCACCACUAUUUUGCAGACUGCUAUUUUGUUAUUAACUAAAUUUUAGAAUUUGCACUGAUGUUUUGAGUAAUA